GAAACGCUUGUAGUUUUUAUGGGUUUAUGAGAAUGGAGGAGAAAGGUUUGAUCAAGCAGUUUUGGGUUGCGGUGGUGGCGGUUGCACUCUUGAUUCACGUCUCAGUCUCGGUUCCGUUCGUCGUGCUUCACGGAAUCACCGCUGCGUGUUCCGAUCCGACGAAUGCCAACUUCACACAGCUUCUCAUGAACCUCUCUGGCUCUCAAGGGUCAUGCUUAGAAAUUGGAGACAAUGGACAACUCACUUCAAUCUUCAUGCCACUUACACAGCAAGCUGAAAUAGCAUGUGAGAAGGUGAAGCAAAUGAAAGAGUUGACUCAAGGAUACAACAUUGUUGGAAGAUCUCAGGGGAACCUAGUGGCUCGAGGCUUGAUCGAGUUCUGCGACGGCGGGCCUCCGGUUUACAACUACAUAUCUUUAGGUGGUCCUCAUGCUGGGAUAUCCUCUGUUCCUACGUGUGGUGCACAGAUGCCCGGUCUCGUAUGUGAUGCAUUUGAUGCGCUACUCAAAGCAGAUGUCUAUAGCGAGUUCGUUCAGGAUCAUUUUGCUCCCAGUGGUUAUUUCAAAAACCCUAUGGAUAUGAAGAGGUACCUGGAAAACUCCAAGUAUCUGCCUAAGCUUAGCAAUGAGAUACCAAACCAAAGAAACUCAACUUACAAAGAUCGUUUCACCAGUUUACACAAUCUGGUUCUUGUCAAGUUUCAGAACGAUACGAUUAUCAUCCCAAAUGACUCAACUUGGUUCGGGUUUUACCCGGAUGGUCAGGUCGAACCCGUUCUCCCGGCUAACCAGACAAGGCUCUACACCGAGGAUUGGAUCGGAUUGAAAACAUUGGAUGCGGCUGGAAAAGUGAAGUUCGUGAGUGUACCAGGUGGACAUCUCGAAAUGGCAGAUCAGGAUGUCCUCAAAUACAUCGUCCCGUAUCUUCAGAAUCAAUCUUAGAGAAAAGACCCCAAUCAGCUAUUACUAAUUUAUGCAACUUGUAUUCCGUAUCUUUAGAAUCAAUCUUCUCCCGCUUAGUGAUGAUUGUAUCGAACAAGAAUCAUUACUUUUAUAUAAAUAUAAUCGAAUUAAUCAG